CAUUUAAUACUAACGUUACAUCAACAACUGCCUGGCCCUGACGACGUCGCCACAGCUAGCUAGCAUCAGCUCGGUCCACUAAAAGUUAGCUAUCGGCUAAGCUAGGUCUUCCGAUUAAGACACCGAGAAACGCCACAGUUAACAUCGUACACAAACUUACCUUUUUGGGAAACUGUAUCAUCUGGAAUUGAAUGAACAUCACGUCAGGGUCGCCAGUACAAAUUAAGUGUCACUGAGUGUAGCUACACAGUGGGCAUUCUCCUGCAUCACUUCCUCCCUGACUACGAGCAGCCAACAGCUGAUCUUCAUCUCGGCAAUGGCAACGACAAGCCUUUAAAAACCAGUCUGGGGAAGACGUCAUCACCAUGCGACAUGUGUGUUUCUUCUUGCCUCUUCUCCAGACAGUCGGUAACCGCUGUCUGUGAGCCCCGAUGACGGCCUCCACUCGCAGGACGGUGUUGUCACUGUACAUGCGGGUGUUUCGCAUCGCCCGCAGCUGGCAGGCGCAGAGUGGAGUUACGAGUGACGCAGAGACUGAGAGAAAAUACAUUCUCCAGGAGGCCUGCACUCUGUUCAGACAGAACCAGCAGCUCACAGAUCAAGAAUCAAUAAAAAGGUGUAUAGAAGAAUGUGAAGCAAGGAUAGAAAUAGGUUUACAUUACAGGAACCCAUAUCCAAGGCCUACGUACCUACCACUGAUGGGAUUGGCCACUCAGAAAGGCAGGAAGCUGAAAGCACAGCAGCGCCUGAGGAAGCAGGCCAAGCCAGUAUACUUGCAGUCACACGACGAGACCUGAUGCUCGAUAUCUUCGCUCCUCGCCAACAGCUCAAGUUACCCUGGGCAGGAAACUAGAGUGCAGUCACUCGCUGAUCUCAUGGGCCGAGCUGUUGCAAGCACUCCGUGAUGCGAGAACACCAGCCAUUCACGAAAAAGCCAUUUUUCACUGUCUGGUUUUUUUUUUAACUUUAAACUGCUUAAACAUGAGUUCCUCAGUGUCGCUAAAGGCUGUCAGCUUCUGUUCAGCUCAGGAAGGCUGUCAGGGUGGAGUGACUUGUAAUAUAAGAUCAAGUUGUAUAUUUUGUUUAUUUAACUGUGUAAAAAAAAAAAAAAAUAAAUAAUUAUUGUUACUUUGA